UCAUCAAAACAGUUCAGUUGUUGUUCGCGUUGUUUACGUGUACAGCUUUGCAUAUACGAUCCAAGUGAUAGAAAAUUUGAUUGCUUUUGCUCGUAAUAAAAUGGUGCAAAUUGUUGAAGAUGAAUUUGGACGCACUAGUCAACCGUCUAAGUCCGAGACAGAAAUCGUCAGGAGAUUCACCUUUUCCAAUCUAAACGGCGUAACCGUUCAGGUCAUCACUUAUGGAGCAACAAUUACAACCGUCAAUAUUCCUGAUCGAAAUGGAGUGUUCGCAGACAUUGCUCUCGGUUUCGAUAAUAUGACUGGAUACCUCACUUCAACGAAUCCAUAUUUUGGAGCUACAAUCGGAAGGGUCUGCAAUCGCAUCGGUCAAGCCAAAUUCAGUUUGAACGGAUCCGAAUAUCGUUUGGCUAAAAAUAAUGGCGAGAACACUUUGCAUGGCGGUUUUAUUGGCUUUGAUAAAUUUAACUGGUCGGCUUUUAUCGACGGUGAUAAGGUCAUUAUGAGCCAUGUGAGUGAUGAUGGCUAUGAAGGAUACCCAGGAACUGUGUUGACAUCCGUCACUUUCCAACUAACCGAAGAUAAUGACUUUAAAGUGUCGUUCAUUGCUACCAGUUCCAAACCAACGCCCAUCAAUUUAACGAAUCAUUCCUACUUCAAUUUAGCAGGACAUGGUGCUGGACAUCAAGGACUUUACAAUCAUUUUGUUGCUCUAAACGCUGAUAAAUAUACGGUAACUGAUGCUGCAUCCAUACCAACUGGAGAAAUAAGGAACGUUUCCGGUACUCCAUUCGAUCUUAGAGUUCGUCAAAAUUUGGGUAAAGCUCUUGCCAAUUUACCUGAGGUAGGAUUUGACGAUAAUUAUUGCGUUGCAAAGGCUACGGAGCAGAAACUUACAUUCGUUGCUGGUGUAUCACAUGAACAGUCAGGAAGGACUAUGGAAAUUUAUAGCGAUCAGCCGGGUGUUCAAUUUUACACUGGUAAUUUCAUGCCCGAUCCAGACAAUAAAAUUUAUCCGAGUGGCAAGACACCAGCAUCAACAGCUCCGAACGGUGGUAAGCCAUUGAAUGGAAAGGGUGGAGUUCAAUAUUAUAAACACGGUGGAUUCGCGCUAGAGACCCAAAUUUAUCCAGAUGCAGUGAAUCAUAAAAACUUCCCGAGUGUAAUUGUGAAUCCUGGUGAUGUCUACAAACAUGAAGUUAUUUACCGAUUCGGAGUUGAACCGAUCAUUGAAAUUGUGCGCCAAAAGUGAUGAAAUCUUUAUUGUAUCGAUGGUGUAU